CUUCGGAAGGGGGGCGUGGAGGCAACCGGGAGCAGCCUGGGGCCAGCAUGAGCCGGAGGGAGGGAAGUCUGGAAGAUCCACAGGCUGACUCUUCCAUCUCACCCCUUCCCCACUUGGAGGCCAAGAUCCAUCAGACACACAGCCUCGCCCGCCUCCUCACCAAAUAUGCUGAGCAGCUGCUCCAGGAAUAUGUGCAGCACCAGGGAGACCCCUUCGGGCUGCCCGGCUUCUCGCCCCCGCGGCUGCCGGUGGCCGGCCUCAGCGCCCCGGCUCCGGGCCACGCGGGCCUGCCCGCGGCCGAGCGGCUGCAGCUGGACGCGGGGGCGCUGAGCGCGCUGCCGCCGCUGCUCGACGUGGUGCGGCGCCACCAGGCUGAGCUGAAUCCGCGCGCGCUGCGCCUGCUGCGGCGCCUGGAGGACGCGGCGCGCCAGGCCCGGGCUCUGGGCGCCGCGGUGGAGGCCGUGCUGGCCGCGCUGGGCGCCGAGACCCGGGGGCCCCGGCCCGAGCCCGCCGUCGCCGCCGCCGCCGCCGCCACCGACGCGGGUGUCUUCCCUGCCAAGGUGCUGGGGCUCCGCGUGUGCGGCCUCUACCGCGAGUGGGUGAGCCGAACCGAGGGCGACCUGGGCCAGCUGGUGCCCGGGGGCCCGGCCUGAGCGCGGGGCGCGGGGCUGAGCUCGCUGUCCGCUCGGCGGCCGUCUCCGUCUCUCUGUCUCUGUCUGUCUCUGUCUGUCUCUGUCUGUCUCUGUCGUCUCCCUUCGCUUUGUAAGCGCUCCGUGUCUCCUCCAUCGGACCAACUUGCGUUUGUGACUUCUAAGUCCCUUGCUUUCUUGCUUUCCCCCUCCUCUUC